CCGGACGCGGAGGCCGGCCUCCGGCUACCCAGUCCCGUGGCCCUUCGCCUCCUCCUCCCGCAUCUGGCACCAUGUCGCUGCGGACACUACCGCUGCUCUUCUUGAACUUGGGCGGGGAGAUGCUUUACAUCCUGGACCAGCGGCUGCGGGCCCAGAACAUCCCGGCAGACAAGGCCCGCAAAGUUCUGAAUGACAUCAUCUCAACCAUGUUCAAUCGAAAGUUUAUGGAGGAAUUGUUCAAACCGCAAGAGCUCUACUCCAAGAAGGCCCUGAGGACCGUCUACGACCGCCUUGCUCAUGCUUCCAUUAUGAGACUAAACCAGGCCAGCAUGGAUAAGCUGUAUGACCUGAUGACCAUGGCUUUCAAAUACCAAAUACUGCUGUGUCCCCGCCCCAAAGAUGUGUUGCUGAUCACUUUCAAUCAUUUAGACGCCAUCAAGGGUUUCAUCCAAGACUCCCCAGCCAUCCUGCAUCAGGUGGAGGAGACUUUCCGGCAGUUGACUGAAAUAUACGGGGCACUGUCUGCGGGGGAGUUCCAGCUGAUCCGGCAGACGCUCCUCAUCUUCUUCCAGGACCUGCACAUCCGGGUAUCCAUAUUUCUAAAGGAUAGAGUCCAGAAUUCUAAUGGUCGCUUUGUGUUGCCCGUCUCCGGGCCUGUUCCCUGGGGAACUGAAGUUCCUGGACUCAUCAGAAUGUUCAACGACAAAGGCAAAGAAGUGAAGAAGAUAGAAUUCAAGCAUGGUGGGCACUAUGUCACUGCACCAAAAGAAGGUUCUUUUGAACUUUAUGGAGACCGAGUCUUGAAACUGGGAACCAAUAUGUACAGUAUGAACCGGCCCGUGGAAACCCACAUGUCUGGAGCAUCCAGAAACUUAGCUUCCCGGACACAGGAAAGCAUUGCUCCAAACCCUCUUGCUAAAGAAGAGCUGAAUUUCUUGGCCAGGCUGAUGGGAGGGAUGGAGAUUAAGAAACCCAGUGGUCCUGAGCCAGGAUUCCGGUUGAAUCUCUUUACCACUGAUGAAGAGGAGGAACAAGCAGCGCUAACCAGGCCAGAAGAGUUAUCCUAUGAGGUUCUCAACAUACAAGCUACUCAGGACCAGCAAAGGAACAAGGAGCUGGCUCGCAUCAUGGGGGAGUUUGAGGUCAUGGACCAGCCAAGGCAGAGCGCCAGCAAGGGGGAUGAUCUGCUUGCCAUGAUGGAUGAGUUAUAGCUGUGCUGGCCCGGCACCCCCCCCCCCAACGCCCCCUAUGGGACAGGCUGCCUGAUAAGGACCCUGGGGAUGCUCCAGGGAGCAAAAUGAUGCUGCGAGUUUUAUACCGAGCAGUUAACUGCCAUUUCUGUCUAUGUUGUAACGAACUAUGCAGGUCUCCCUCAAGGAGUGCCGUGUCUGGAAGGCACACACAUAUGCAUGUUUUCAGC